AUGGCAGAAGAGUCUAACUUUCAAACUUGUACCAUUUCUAAUCCAGAAAAUAAAACAAACAUCCCUAUGCGAAGAAAACAUAUUGAAUACAUCGGAUAUGAUCCUAAAAGUAGUGAAUCCGUGCACUACACUAAGAGGGACGUGACGAGAACAAUGCAGUGGAGUGUUGACGAGUCCGAGACAGCAGUGAAGCGAGAAAUUGGCCAGCGCCCAACAUCACGUAUUGAUCGAUAUCGCAGCAAAGCAUCUAUGCGCCCAAUCUUACGCAAAACCGCACUAACUACAACAUAUGGACGUGUGCUUGUCGGUGUAGCCGAUGAUAAUUCUUGUCGCUGA